AAAAUGUAAUCAAAAAUGAUCAGAAAGACAAAAUGUGCAGCAUUCUUACAAAGUCAAAAGAAGAAACAUGGACUGCAAAAAGUAUUUGAAUUUUCUUUGUCUCGUUGUCGUGAUUCAUGAUUCUAUGGGCCGUGUGCUAAGCAAUGGAGAUUGCUUGUAUUCUAUGAAUGAAACAUCACCAGAUGAUGCGCCUUUUAAUAAAACAACUCAGAUUUGUUGUACAAAAUCAGGAGUUCACAAUAAAUAUUAUAAAGGACACAAAGUGGAAUGCUGUGGGGAUACAACAUACAUACCAGAGAUAGAUCUCUGCUGCGAUGGAAAAGUUUAUAACAGACCUGACACUGAACGGAUAGGCAAUGGAAAUUAUUCUCGUGAUACGAACAGUGAUGCUAAAAGUGCUUCAAAGUCAUCGUUAAACAAAACGAUAUUGAACAUAAAAUUCCAGAGGUUGAUGAAGCACAAGGGAAGAAACCUCCUCCGAGAUCUUCUGAUCUACAUUGAUAUUGCAAAAGCCAAGAAGUCCUCAAAGAAAACCCAGAAGUUACCUUGACAUGGAAAGACGAGGAAAAACUACCUUUAAAAAAAUGUAUAUA